ACACUAGGAUUGACGGCUGCUUUAUCAAUCUACUUUAAGUAUAUGGUUUACGCACAUAAAAUAAAAAAUCAUAGAUUCGAUAGGCAAAGUGCGCCACAUUUAUAGCAUACACGGACAGAAAUGUUCCAGUUAUGAUUUUUGCUUUUUUUAUUAUUUGCUUUUAUUUAGUAGUGUUUUCUCAAGAAAGAUUACCAUAUGAUGUAACUACCGCUAAUCAGGUCGUUCUCAUAAACUCCGACGAGGACGAGUUGAGCCAAGCAAUGCUUCUAAUAGACAUGCUGAAAACAGGUACGUAUACGAGUCAAUUAUAUAACGUAUAAGUAUACUUAGUUUCCUGGUUACGAUAAAUAUUACAGAAUUACCUAAUUAAAUUCUUUCCUAGAUUACCUUAAACAAUUACGACAAAAUUAUGAAGUAGCCGAGAAUGUUACCGCGAUUGUCGAACAAUCCACUUGCGCAGCGGCUACUGGUCUGGAAAAUGAAAUGUCUGGAUCGACGCUAAAUCCAACCAUUGCCACUUUAUCUACAACUACACCCAUAGUACCAUUAGUACCUCAUGAGGAGAACAGAGUUCCCACACCCAAUAAAGACGAGGCGGCAUGGCAGGAAUGGCACCCCCCGAUGGUUCACGCCGCGCCCAUGUAUCCGUUGCGGUGGGCAGACCACGGCACCACGAGUGUUUACAGCUACACGAUGCCGUUGUACGAUGCACCUAAUCCAUCACGACAACAGCCAGGUCCAGUACGUCCACCACUAAGGCCUUGGAGACGUUUCUUUUCCGAUUCUUUUUUUUACGAUGUACAUCCUCUUCGAUUUCCUAAAUUUCCACCUAAUAGAAGAGCAGACCAUCCGACAACACUAAGAACUACUAGAUCUACUAUCGCUCAAAAGACGGCAACAACAGAGAGACCUACAAAAAGUACUAAGAGUAUUAAACGCACACCUUCAACAUCCUCUAGUAAAGCCACUUGGAAUUCUCUACGCACCUCUAAUGGCCAUACAUUGCGGCAACGACCUUCUAAGAAGGCUCCAUUCCAAAAAAAGACUUCCCCGUACAUCCAAAAUACCGAUCCAGUAGAAGCAGAGGUAGCUUCAGAACUUUUAAAAGAAUUCAAACUGAUAAAUAUUACUCCAAACACCAAAAUGAGAAAAACCGUAGCUGUAGUCAGCACAAGCACAGAAUAAUUUGUAGGUUGCAGAGAAAAUGUACAACUCGGCGCUUUCUAUCCUCAAUGUCAUAGAUACCUACCUACGUACCUAAGUUAUUAUUUAAAAAAAUUGUCUUUUAUUUACCUAUUUCAGUUUAUAUAAAUUUUUAUAUAUGCAGUAGUGUGACUAGGUACUUAAAAAACGAAAAACAGUAUUCAAUAAUAAUAAUUUUAUUUGUUUCCUAGUUGCACUAAUUUAUGAAGCUACCUAUUUAAAAAGAUGACCGCAUAAAGUUACCAACUUAUAAACCUCAUGCUUACUUCUGCAGAACUUUUUCUAUUUUCUAAUGCUAGAAAACGCAAAAACAUUUCAAAUAUACUAUGUAUGUUGUAGCAAGUUGUAGAUAACUAAAUAAUAUAGUACCUACAUAUUUUUUCGGGUUAUUCCCAAUAGUUAUCACCAAGUUGUUACCAGUAGUUACUACUGGGAAUUUUUUCCCAUCUUUUACCAGUGGUAACUACUGGGAAAAAAUCAAACCAAGUUGGUGGUAACUAGUGGAAUUUUUUCCUAGUAGUUACCACUGGUAAAAGGAGGGAUUUUUUUUCCCAGUAGUUACCCCCAAAAUUUGGUUAGCGUACAAUACUAAUAAAAACAGUAUUUACCACUAGUAACAACUUGGUGGUAACUAGUGGGAAUAACCCGCCAUUUCGUAUGACUGAUCUAUGACGUAGUCGUCCUAUCAGCCAAAACUUGCUUUUUGUGACGAGGCAAUUAACAAAAGUAGCUAGAAAAAAAACGCCCUUGUUCGACGAUGUAAUUCUUGUAGAUAUACUUAUUCUUGGAUUGCCAAUACGUGAUGACACUGAUGACGAUUGUCAAGCGUGGUAGAGGAGACUAACCUUUGGGUAAGCGAAAACUAUAAACUUAACACCUUUUUAUAUGGUUAAGUAAUUUCGAUCACGUUUUGCAUCUUACCUCUUUCUUAUCAAUUUUAUUUGUUAACAGUUUCCGUUACAGAUUACGAGCAUGGCUGCACAUAAAAUUCAUGCGCCAAGUGGGAAGUCAAUUUCACUUCUGUGUGUGUGUUCUAUGUGAUACCCAUACAGUGUUUUAGUUAUGAUGUACAUAAUUUUAUCUGGACUUAUACUGUGUUUCGUAGCGAUUCAACCAGGAUUACUCGAUGUCGCAACCAAUGAUGUUCCCUUGGAGACGGACGACGACAGAUUAAAUCAGGCUUUGCUUUUAGUAGAAAUCCUGAAGUCAGAGUAUCUUAAACUGCUGCGAGAGCGUUCUGGAGGAGCUGCGACGGACACCGUCACUGUAGAGCAGUCGACCUGCGCGACUACCGCCGAAUCGUUUUUCUCCACAGAUAAACAAAAAACCGAAAUGCUGAUUUCAAGUCCUAACACAGUGGCCGGGAUACCAAGGAGACAUCCGAAGUAUCCUGCCCUGGUGUACACCGCUGCACCUCCCGACCCGUGGGGAUGGCCGGUACCAGGAACACCGGUCCCUUCCAGGCGAUUCUAUAACAUAAUGCCUGAGCCAGUACCACCCAUUUAUCCGAAUAUGCUCCCAUAUCCACGCCGAUUUUUUCGACGUAACUUUCCGGAAUACUCAUACUAUUAUGGACCCUAUAGAAGAAGUGAUAAUUACGAUGAAAAUCGUGAAGUAACGGCUAAAGCUAAAGAAAUUAAAACAAGUACAACUACUAAGAAAAUAGCAUCUUCAACGUGGAAAGCUACAAGGAAUACCAGCCAGUUAUUUGCCGGUAGUCGCCGACGUUUUAAUACGCAUUUGCAGAGAAGUAACUACCAAAAUCCACGCAGGUCACAAGUUUCGGAGCAGGUGCAAAAGUCUGGAUUGAAAGAAAUCGCAGAUAAUGAAAAUAAUAAAACAGCCAACACAAGCAGUCCAAUUGCAAGCUCUGCUAUUAUAACGACAAAAAUAACAGAUAGAAGUAACACCACUACGAGCAACAAAUGGAAAUUACACCAUACAAUCAAACCGAAAGUGCCAUCCACUCCGGCAACUAUAGAUAAAUGGCCGGCGUUCCUAUUCAAAUCGACAUUAAGGGUAUUUUUAGAAAACAGCACACCCCUGCCAAUACCCCUGCCAGAAAACAAUGCGUUUUGUUUUACAAAUCCCAGAAAUGCACUGUGUCGUUCUCCCUAAAGUAAGAAUAAUUAAAAAUGUUUUCAUAAUAGGCCUUUGUAGGCUGUUACACACAAAAUUAGAUUUUUAUACCAUUUAGCUUAGUUUAAGUAAAUACCUUUUCUGAAAAUAGGUACCUAAAAUAUAUUCUUCAUUUUGAAAAUAUUUUAUUAUGCAUACAAAUAA